CCUCCAAUUCCUUCAAUUUUUCACUCAAAAAUCCAGCCACUGCUGCCACCCCCCUCUGCAAUCAUCUCCAUCUCCUUCUUCACCCCUUUUGCAAUCGUCUCACGCCGCCGACCCAACUCUGCCGCUGCAAUUCAUCAUCUCCGAUGAUUGUAGAAGCGGCUUAAAGGAGAUGGAGAUGAUUGCAGAAGGGGCGAAGAACUGGGGGCUAGGAUGAAGAAACGACGUCGUUUUUUGUUGGGACUCCAAUUUUUUUUUUAAGUGACAUUUUAAAGAAGGAAACCUAACUUAGUGCCUAUAUAACACGAUGAGGAGCUCCGUCUGCAAAGUGCGGAUCAUAUUAAUUUCCCGGUGAGUUCCCCAAGCGGAAUAACUACCCAAGCACUCAAAUGACCAAACUAUCCAUAUGUUUUCCCAAAUUACAACCCCUUCUUUCCCUUUUCUUCCUCAUCUUCAUACCCUUCAAUGUAAUUUCACAAAGCAUUGAGACAGAACGUACAAUUCUUCUCAAAGUAAAGCAACAGCUGGGUAAUCCACCGGCGAUUCAGUCAUGGAAUGCCUCAUCCUCACCGUGUUCUUGGACGGGAAUCAACUGCACUCAAGGUUCUGUCACCGCCGUUUCGCUCGGCAAUAUGAACAUUAAGGUCAAAAUCCCACCAACAAUCUGUGACCUUAGGAACCUCAAUGUCCUUGAUCUGUCCUACAAUUAUAUCCCCGGUGAGUUCCCAAAACUGCUGUACAAUUGCUCCAAGCUCCAGUACUUAGACCUCUCCAUGAACUACUUUGUCGGCCCCAUUCCCGACGAUAUUGAACGGUUAUCGACUCUGCUUUACUUAGACGUCAGUGCCAACAAUUUUUUCGGUGACAUUCCGUCCAGUAUUGGCCGAUUACCUGAGUUACGAGAACUCCAUCUUGACGGGAAUAAGUUCCACAAUGCCACUUUUCCGGAGGAAAUCGGAAACCUAUCCAAUCUUGAGCAUCUGGCUAUGGCCUAUAAUUGGUUUGCGCCCAUGAAGAUACCUGAUAGGUUCAGUCAAUUGAAGAAACUGAAGUACUUAUGGAUGAGGGAGACAAAUUUAAUCGGCGAAAUUCCUGAAGGCAUCGCCGACCUGUCCAGUCUGGAGUGGUUGGAUUUGGCGGAGAACAAGUUGGAAGGCUCGAUUCCUGGCAGGCUUCUCAUGCUGAAGAAUCUGACCAUUUUGUAUCUCUUCAGCAACAUACUAUCCGGCGAGAUACCCAGAGCGGUGGAAGCUUUAAAUUUGGUAGAAAUUGAUCUUAGCGUGAAUAAUUUGUCGGGCACCAUACCGGAGGAAUUUGGGAAGAUGCAGAAUCUGGUGUUCUUUGUUCUGUCUUCGAAUCAGUUAACAGGGGAGGUGCCGGUCGGUUUGAGUCGACUUCCGGCCUUGAAGAUUUUCCGGAUUUGUAACAAUAGUUUGAGUGGAAUAUUGCCGCCAGAGUUUGGCCUCCACUCAAAGCUCGAAGGUUUUGAGGUGUGCACCAAUCAAUUCACUGGCCAACUACCGCAAAAUUUAUGCGCAGGUCGUGUUCUACAGGGAGUGGUUGCAUUUUCAAACAACCUCAGCGGGCGAAUACCGGCGUCGCUUGGAAAUUGCAGCACCCUCCGAACCGUUCAGCUUCAGAACAACCACUUUUCAGGUGAGAUUCCUCCGGGUCUCUGGACGACUUUCAAUUUAGAAAGCUUGAUAUUGAGUAACAAUUUGUUUUCGGGGGAAUUGCCAAGCAAACUAGCAUAGAAUCUGACCAAGGUGGAAAUCAGCGACAACAAAUUUACUGGCCAAAUCCCAUCCGGGAUUGGUUCUUGAUCAAAUUUGACAGUCUUCAAGGCGAGCAACAAUCUCUUAUCCGGUGAAAUUCCAAAGGAGAUAACAUAUCUUUCUAACCUUACUACCCUCCUCCUCGAUGAUAAUCAACUAUCCGGUGAAUUGUGUUAACAUGUGAACACAAUUAUAUUUAUAAUUAUUAUAAAUAUUUUAUAUUUUA